GGAGGAGCCCGGGACCGGGCGGCGCUUAAGGAGCGGCGGGAUCGGAACGUGGUGUACUCCUGCGGGAGAUGAAGCGCGCCGAGGCCGAACCCUCUUGUGGCCAAAUCCAAGACCUCACCUUUGGGGGGAUGCACCGUGUAGGAACUUCCCCAAUGACCUGAGACUCCAUCAGCUGCAAUGGGAUGUGUGGGCCUGGAUGGUGAUUCGGUAGUGAUUGUGUGCAGGAAAGCUGAUGGAAAAUGCAGUUAACAGAGCAUGCCCCAUUCCUGAACUGGUCCCUCCAUAGGUGCUGGUAGGACCAUUGGCGGUGCUGCUCGCAGAGGAUGACCAUCUCCACUCAGGCUCAUCAGAGCUAAACUCACAAGGAGAGAUGUCUCCUGGAAGAGGUUCUCCAUGGCACAGUCAGGCCACUGAAGAGGCUCCUGGACAUCAGACCUCACACUCUGUAUCUCUACAGAGACCUCCCAGACCCAGGAACCCCUCUCCCAGUUGGAGAAGGCCAUGGAUGUCAUCAUUGAUGUCUUCCACCAGUACUCGAGACGGGAGGGGGACAGAGACACCUUGACCAAGACAGAGCUGAAGCUCCUCAUUGAGAAGCAGCUUGCCAACUACCUGAAGCACGUGAAAAGCAAGGCCACCAUUGAUGAGAUCAUGAAGGACCUCGAUAUGAACAAGGAUGCACAGCUCAGCUUCUGCGAGGUGAUGCUGCUCAUCACCCGUGUGACCAUUGCCACCCAUGAGCACCUCCACGAUGUCGAGAACCAGCAGCAGCAGCAGCACAAGCACCAGCAACAACACCACCACUGAGGUGGGCUGUGGUCCAUGGCCAAAGGCACCCAAGGAGUGCUUGCGGCCCCUGGCUUUCUCCCCUCCAUCCCUCCCUGCCCAUCUCCCUCCAUCCCUUCCCUUCAAGUGCGAUGAUUUUGCUGCCGAAUAAAGAUGAGCCCUGAGGCUCUCAAAGCUC